AUGUCUCAUAUUGUCUCAUUACGUAGUGCAUCAUUACGUGCAUUACGUUCGGGUUCAUCUGUUGCUGCAGCAUCGAAAUGUACAACAUAUCCAAAUCGACCAUGUCAAAAUCAACAACAAUAUUCAUUUUCAACUUUACCAUUAUCAUCUAAUCGAGUUUUAAUAACAGAAAAUAAUAAAUCAUCAUCAUCAUCACAACGUGCUCUUUCUGAUCAAACACUUCCUACGGAUUCUUCUCAUACUUCAGUAUAUGCAUUCAGUCGGCAUAUUCAUACGAGUUCAAUCGUUUUUGAUUCUGUUAAUGUAUCAACACCAUCGUUUCCUGAAUCAGUCAAAGAUGGUACUAUUCGUUUAUUAAAAAAAGUCGGAGAUAAAGUAUCUGCUGAUGAAACCAUAGCUGAAAUUGAAACAGAUAAAUCAAAUUUAAGUGUUAAUUCACCACAAGGAGGUACAAUUGAAGAAUUUCUUGUUCAAGAUGGUGAUAAUGUUACAUCAGGAGCUCCAAUAGCUAAACUUAAUACAAGUAGUAGCGGUAGUAGUGUCUCAAAAUCAGCAUCAGCAGAGGAUAAAAAAGAUACAUCAACAGACAAAAUUGAUGCUGAAAAAACAAAAGAUACAUCAACAGACAAAAUUGAUGCCGAAAAAACAAAAGAUUCUUCAAAUAAACACGAUAAUGAACAAACAAAAGAAAAAUCAUCUGGAAGUUCUUCUCCUACACCAAAACCACCUGCUUCUUUAACACCAAAAGAAGGUUCAAAACGUGAUACUUCAGCACCAUCAAAAACAAGUACAUCUACACAACAACAGCAAUCAAUGGGUGGCAACGACCCAAAUAAAAUAAGUGGUACACGAUCAGAAACACGUGUAAAAAUGACAAGAAUGCGUUUAAAAAUAGCUGAACGUCUUAAAGAAGCGCAAAAUACAUGUGCAAUGUUAACUACAUUUAAUGAAAUUGAUAUGAGUAAUAUUGUUGAAUUUCGUAAAAAAUAUUCUGAUCAAUUUCUUAAACGUCAUAAUAUAAAAUUAGGAUUUAUGUCAGCAUUUGUUAAAGCAUCAGCUUGUGCUCUUAUGGAUAAUCCAAUUGUUAAUGCCGUUAUUGAUGGAAAUGAAAUUGUCUAUCGCGAUUAUGUUGACAUAAGUGUUGCUGUUGCUUCACCAAAGGGCUUAGUCGUACCAGUCCUUCGAAAUGUUGAACAAAUGAGUUUUGCGGAUAUUGAACGUGCAAUUAAUGAAUAUGGUGAAAAAGCAAAAAAGGGUGCACUUGCAAUUGAAGAUAUGGAUGGUGGAACAUUUACUAUCAGUAAUGGAGGAGUAUUUGGUUCGUUAUUUGGCACACCACUUAUUAAUCUACCACAGUCAGCCAUUCUUGGCAUGCAUGGAAUAUUUGAUCGACCAGUUUCUAUUAAUGGCAAAAUCGAAAUUCGUCCAAUGAUGUAUGUAGCUCUUACAUACGAUCAUCGUAUUUUAGAUGGUCGUGAUGCUGUACUAUUUCUACGAAAAAUUAAACAAUAUGUUGAAGAUUCUCGUAGUAUUUUUCUCAAUUUAUAA